AUGCGCCUGUCCAGGCGUCAGCGAAACAACAACCAGAACGCAGCUGACGAAGAAUCUGUUAUAUCGGCUAUGAAGGACGAAAUGCUUGAUGAAGGCUCAAUAACUGAAAAUACUUUGCUCGCUAUUUCGCCUCUCCGUGCUCCAAAUGAUUUGCCUCUGUCAGCAAUUUUUACGAAGCCCACAGCGAAUGAACUGAAAAGGAAAUACGCAAUGGACAAAGAUAGUCUGCUGGAUCGAGUUAUAGAUCUUGGCGAAGUGGCUAUUGAUUCCGCCCCAUUUCAACUCGUCCUCGGCUCAUCGCUUUAUAAGGCAAGUUAG